UCUUCUUCCCUCAUCUUUAUCUUCGCAAAGAAGCAAACGGCAAUUCCAACGUUUGCAGUGAAAACAGAGCACGCCAUUAGGGCUCGAUAUAAGACACAGUUCCAUUACUCCGGAGACCAGAAGCAGCGAAAAUGGCGAUCUUCCUCUCUUUCCUCUGGCUCUUUCUCCUUACCCUUUUACCGUUUACCCUUUUCAAGAAGAUCAGACACUUCGGAACGAAGCUUCCUCCCGGCCCUCCGAAGCUUCCGAUCAUCGGAAACUUGCAUCAGAUCGGAGAAACGGAGUUGCCCCACAGAACUCUUGCCAAUCUCUCCGAGAAAUACGGACCGGUGAUGCUUCUCCGAUUAGGGUUCGAACCAUUGGUCGUGAUCUCGUCGAGUGAAGGAGCUGAACAAGUGCUCAAGACCCAUGACGCGGACUGUUGCACACGACCAAAGCUGUUCGGGACACGGAAGCUCUCUCAUAACUAUCGGGAUAUCGGUGUCACUCCGUACGGGGAAGGAUGGAGAGAGAGGCGGAAACUGGCGGUUCGCGAGGUUUUCAGCGUGAGAAAGGUGCAGUCCUUCAGGUGCAUCAGAGAGGAAGAGUGUAACUUGUUGGUCAAGGAACUGACCGAAUCAGCUUCGAGGCAAUCUCCUGUGAACUUGAGCAAAACCCUUUUCUGGUACACGGCCGGCAUCAUAUUCAAGGCUGCCUUUGGGCAGGAUUUCCACCAGAGCAAGAUCAUCGACAAGGACAGGAUGGAGCAACUCAUCUUCGAGGCGGAGACAGUUUUCGCCAGUUUGAGUUUCUCUGAUUUCUUCCCCGCCGGUGUCGGAUGGGCCAUCGACUGGCUGAGAGGGCAACAUAAGAGAAUGGACGAGGUUUUCGUCGAGAUGAACACUUUUUUCCAGAAACUGAUUGAUGAGCAUCUGAACCCAGAACGAACACCGCGAGACCAGAGAGACAUCAUUGAUGUGAUGCUGACGAUGAUUCAAAACCAGCGCAAAGACGAGUCUUCCACAUUCACUGUGGAUAACAUCAAGGCUAUACUCGUGAACUUAUUCCUCGCCGGAAUAGACACGAGUGCGAUCACCAUGAUAUGGGCGAUGACAGAGCUCGUGAGAAAGCCGACUCUCAUGAAGAAAGUACAAGACGAGAUCCGAGGUUGUAUUGGCAAGAAGGAAAGUAUCAGCGAAGAAGAUGCGGAUAAAGUUCAGUACUUGAAGCUUGUACUCAAAGAGACCCUAAGGCUGCACCCACCAGCUCCGCUAUUGCUUCCAAGAGAAACAAUGUCUCCGAUCAAGAUUCAAGGCUACGACAUACCCGCAAAGACGCGCCUCCAGAUCAACGUUUGGGCGAUAGCCCGGGAUCCGAAACACUGGAAAAACCCUAAUGAGUUCAUCCCGGAGAGGUUUAUAGACAGCUCUGUGGAUUUCAGGGGACAGCACUUCGAGUUCUUACCGUUUGGAUCUGGUCGGAGGAUGUGUCCUGGUAUGAACCUGGGCAUGUCUGCUGUCGAAUUGGGAUUACUGAACUUGCUUUAUUUCUUUGAUUGGAAACUGCCUGAAGGAACGACGGAGAAGGACAUAGAUGUUGAAGAAGCUGGCACUCUUACCAUUGUCAAGAAAGUGCCUCUCCAACUUGUUCCUGUUCUACACCAUUGAUGUCCAAAAAAACCAGUUUGAGUUUUUUUUUUCUUCUGUUGUUGGUAUGAAUAGUUGGAUGUGUCUUGUAACUUAGUAAAUCAUCACACUUUCAAAUAAAAUGAAUUUUGUUGGUGAACU